CCCGAGCCCUGACCGAGCCUCUCGGGCUCGGUACAUCCCUAAACGAGGCGAAAUUACAAAAAUUAUCAAGAAUAGUAUUCAAGGUUUUAUGGCAGUGAGUUUACCCGAUUGAGCCACAACGUAUGAUUAUUAGUGCAUAUAACUAAACCAGAUAGGAUAUAUAUAAACCUAAAAUUCGAUCAUGUACCAGAUUUUUCUAUCGCAUUUUAACUAGAAGUAUUGAUCCGAGAGGCCAAUAUCAAGAUUUUAAAAUAUAUUCUCUUCAACUGUAUUAGUUGAAAGAAAUCUCGAUCACUGGAUGUGAGUUUGUAAUGUAUAUGACAUUCACAUCCACAACCUUAAUAUAUAUAGUUCAACUUUGUUUUUCGUAAGAUAAAGCGUCAAAAUAUAUUACUUAAAAUUUUAAUACUUUAUUAUAGAAUUUUUUAAAUUGAAGCAGUCACUUGAGGGUGUGAAUAUAGGUGAAUCUCUUUAAAUAUUGAUAAAUAUCAAUUUACACUAGUAAUUCACUUCAAACGGCUUUCUUUUAGUCGUUUAAUCGGAUGGGCUGGUAGAGCGAUCACUGAUCGUCAUCGUUGUAUCCCUAAUUGUGCAAUCUGAGAGAAGUCCUCUCCGAAAGUUUUGAAAUUUUCUAUUAUUUGGAGAGAUGAGAGGAAAUACGGUGAAUCAUUUAGUAAAUCAAAUAGCAUAACUUCAGUACUAUGAGUCCGAGUGUGAGAUACUCGGCUUGCAUUUCAGAUAAUUAUUACUAUCUCAGUCGUAACUAUAUUUUUAAUAUUUUUUUUUCAGGUAUUUCGUACAAUCUACCAACAUUUUGUGCGAAUGCAACAUGGAAUCAGACGGCUCUGACUUUUGCCACAAGCGCCUUGGUCGGUACAUAUCCUCUGGGUAUCUUUGUCGAUACAAAUAAUACUGUCUAUGUAGCUGAUUAUACGGAUGGCAGGAUUCUAAUAUGGCUUAACGGAAGUACUACACCUACUCGAAAUAUUUCAAGUGGUUUAACUACACCUUAUCCUCUCUUCGCUACGGACAAUGGGGAUCUUUAUGUCGGUAAUGCCUACUCAAAUUAUCGAGUUGACAAAUGGGCAUGGAAUACGACAAGUAGUGUUCCAGCAAUGUAUAUUUGUUCAAUAUGCUAUGGUAUUUUUGUGGAUAUUAACAAUAUGCUUUACUGCUCAAUAUUUUCUUAUCAUCAAGUUAUCUAUAAAUCAUUGACCCAAAAUUUAAAUGUAUGGAGUAAUGUUGCCGGUGUAAGUAAUACAGCUGGGUCAACAUCGACAACACUUAAUAAUCCAUGUGGAAUCUUUGUCGAUACUUACUUGAAUUUGUAUGUAGCUGAUUGGGGAAACAGUCGGAUUCAAAAAUUUGCAUCAGGACAAUUGAAUGGUACAACAAUAUCAACAGGAACCAUCACACUCUAUCAUCCAACUGGAGUUAUACUUGAUGGUGGUGGAUAUGUUUUUAUUGUUGACAAUGGCAACAGUCGCAUUAUUGGCUCAGGAUCUAACGGUUUUCGAUGUAUAAUGUCAUGUUCUGGACCUGGUUCAUCGUCCAGCCAAUUAAAUAUUCCACAAAGCAUGAAUUUUGAUAGUUAUGGAAAUAUAUUCGUCACCGAUCAGUAUAAUAAUAGAAUUCAAAAAAUUCUUUUGUCAUCAAAUGUCUGCAAUACAACCGCAGCAACAACUAAUGUUAUAUCAUUCAAUCAACCAAAAUUUGGCGCCUAUGCUGCUUGGGAUAGUAUCGGAAUUACUUUUGCAACUAGUAGCACAGUUGGCACGAGUCCAUAUGGAAUUUUCGUAGAUACUAAUAAUACAGUUUACGUCGCCAAUAAAGCAAGCAAUCAAAUUCAAGUAUGGUUAUCAGGAAGUAGUAUACCCACAAGAAAUAUUACCAGUGGUGUUACUUCUCCAUAUAGUAUCUUAGCUACAAUUAAUGGUGAUAUUUAUGUCGAUAAUGGAUAUACAAAUAAUCGAGUCGAUAAAUGGGUAUCAAACCGAAAUAUAAGUAGUUCAGUAAUGCAGGUUCAAGGUGCAUGCUAUGAUCUUUUUAUUGAUGUUAAUAAUACUCUUUACUGUUCAUUGUAUACUCAACAUCAAGUUGCUAUAAAAUCAUUGAAUGGUAAUUCAAGUAUGUGGAUCGUUGCUGCUGGUACAGAAUGUUCUGGAUCAGCUUCGAAUACACUUAAUAAUCCUCGUGGAAUCUUUGUUGAUACAAAUCUCAAUUUAUAUGUUGCUGAUUGUGGAAACGAUCGUGUGCAAUUAUUUUUAUCUGGACAAGUAACAGCAACGACAGUAGCAGGAAGUACAGCUACUGGAACUAUCUCACUUGAUUGCCCUAGUGAUGUUGCACUUGAUAAUGAUGGAUAUCUUUUUAUUGUAGACAGUAAUAAUAAUCGUAUUAUUGGUUCAGGACCUAAUGGCUUUCGAUGUAUAAUUGCAUGUACAUCUACCAGUGGUUCAGCAUCCAAUCAAUUAAGUAAUCCGUCAACUUUUAGUUUUGAUAGUUAUGGAAAUAUAUAUGUUACUGAUCAAGGUAGUAAUAAUCGAGUACAAAAGUUUAUGGCAAUACCAAAUACUACCUAUCCUCUUUCUUUUAAUCAACCAAACUUUUGUCCAUCUACAACUUGGUAUACAGAUGCUAUUACAUUCGCUAGCAGUAAUAUAGCCGGUUCGAAUAUUUUCGGUAUUUUUGUCAGUAUUAAUAACACUGUUUACAUUGCCAAUCGACCCAGCAGUGCAAUUUAUGUGUUUCUUGAAGGAAGUAUCAUUCCUAAUAGAAACAUAACCGUUGGUUUGAAUGGUCCAAUGUAUGUCUAUGCGACACUUUAUGGUGAUGUAUAUAUUGACAAUGGUUUAAGUAAUGGCCGAGUUGAUAAAUGGGCCGUAAAUGCUAAUAGUAGUGUUAAUGUGAUGACAGUUACUAACCCUUGUGAAGGAUUUUUCAUCGAUAUUAGUAAUACUCUUUAUUGUUCAAUAACUUGGAGCCAUCAAGUUGUGAAAAAAUGGUUAAACGAUAAUGGGACUACUUUUACUUUAGUAGCUGGUACAGGUUCUGCAGGUUCAGCUGCAAAUCAGCUUAAUUUACCUUCUGGACUCUUUGUUGAUGUACAAUUUAAUGUAUAUGUUACAGACUGUAGUAACAAUCGCGUUCAAAUGUUCGCCCCAGGACAAUUAAUUGGAAUCACUAAAGCUGGAAGUGGUGCAACAGGAACCAUCACACUUAAUUGUCCACACGCUAUUACUUUUGAUGCUAAUAAUUAUAUGUUCCUUGUUGACUGUCAUAGUAAUCGAGUUGUAGGAUCAGGACCAUAUGGUUUUCGAUGUUUAUUUGGAUGUACAACUACUGCUGGUUCUUCAUCAAAUCAAUUGAAUUUCCCAUUAACUUUUGGUUUCGAUAGUUAUGGAAAUCUUUUUGUUUCUGAUGGAGAUAAUAAUCGAGUGCAAAAGUUCAUUAUAGCAUCUAAUUCAUGUAGUUUGUCGUAUAAUCAACCAACGUUUUGUUCAAGUGCAUCAUGGUCUGUAAAUGCCGUAACUUUAGCCUCAAGUUCCAUUGCUGGUUUAUUACCUUAUGGUAUUUUUAUUGAUGGAAUUAAUACUGUGUAUGUACCUAAUCGAAUUAGUAACACUAUUCUAACAUGGCCUCAAUGGAGUACUACACCAACAAGUAAUAGUUAUAGUAAUUUAAGUAAUCCAUAUAGUCUUUUUAUGUCUAUUAAUGGUGAUAUUUAUAUUGAUAAUGGUUAUGCAUAUGGUCGAGUUGAUAAAUAUAUAUUUAAUACAUCAAAUCGUGUAACUGUUAUGAAUGUUAAUGGAAGUUGUUAUGGUUUAUUUAUUGAUAUUAAUAAUAAUCUUUAUUGUUCACUUAAAAAUCUUCAUCAAGUUGUUAAACUCUUACUUAAUAAUGGGACAACCAUUCCGACAAUUGCAGCCGGUAAUGGUUCUGCUGGAUCACUAUCAAAUAUGCUUAAUUCUCCACAAGGAAUCUAUGUUGAUAGUAAUCUAAACCUAUAUAUUGCAGACAGUGUUAACAAUCGUAUUCAAUUCGUUCAAACUGGUCAAUUAAAUGGCGUGGCAAUAGCUGGUAAUGGAUCAUCAACAAAUUUUAUACUUAACUAUCCAACUGGAAUUGUCCUUGAUGCUAAUGGUUAUUUAUUUAUUGUUGAUAGUUAUAACCAUCGUAUUAUUGCUUCAAGUUCUACUGGCUUUAGAUGUAUAGUAGGAUGUUCCGGAGGUGGUUCAUCUGCUUCUCAAUUAUCUUUUCCACAAAGUAUGGCUUUUGAUAGUUAUGGAAAUAUAUAUGUUACUGAUCGAAAUAAUAGUCGAGUGCAACAAUUCGCUCUUCAAAAUAAUAGCUGCCGUAAGUUAUCUGUAUAUAAUAGUACAUUAUGA